AUGGUGCACAGCUCGGUUCUGACCGCACUCGACAAGAAAAAGGUUUCAUGGUUUCACUUUCAGGCCAUCAUCAUUGCAGGUGUGGGGUUCUUCAACGAUGCAUACGACCUCUUCGUGAUUGGCCUCUUGACCAAGCUCAUUGGUCGCAUCUACUUCAUCCCUAGCCAGCCGCCUUUUCCCAAAAAAGUGCCCACAAUCCCCAUUGGGCCCAACUCUGCGGUAACGGCGGUAGCUCUCGUAGGCACCUUCUGCGGGCAGCUUUUCUUCGGAUGGCUCGGCGACGCGAUCGGGCGCAAGACGGCGUACGGCGUGACGCUGUUGAUCAUGGUCGUCUUCGGCGCGGCGCAGGGGCUGUCUUUCGGAAACACAGCCGAAGCAGUCGUUACCACGCUCUGUAUCAUGCGCUUCUUCCUGGGAUUCGGAAUCGGAGGAGACUACCCCCUGUCUGCCGUCAUCAUGAGCGAGUAUUCGAACAGGAGGACACGUGGCGCUUUUGUGGCUGCCGUCUUCAGCAUGCAAGGUAUCGGCAUCAUAACAGGGGCCGCCAUCACCCUGGCGGUCGCCGGAUCUUUCAAGAGCAACCACCCUAGACCCCCCUACAGCGUGGAACCGAUAGCCUCGCAGGGCUACCCCGCCUCUGACUUUGUGUGGCGCAUCAUUCUGUCGGUCGGCUGCAUCCCGGCCAUACUCACGUUCUACUACCGCCUCAAGCUGCCCGAGACCGCGCGCUACACGUCCAUCGUUGCGCGGAACGCGGCGAAAACCGCGGUGGACAUGAGCAAGGUUCUCAAGACCCAGUUCACGGAGGCCGACGCGCGCAUCCAGCGCGACGCCGACAGGAUCGACGCUAGCGUCGCGGCCGCGGCCGCGGCCGCAGUUCCGAACGGCCCGCUGGAUUUUAACGGCGACCACGGACAUGCCGUAGAGAGCAAGAAGGAGGGCUGGUGGAAGCGGAUGCGUCGCCGCCAGAAGCAGGCGUGGGCGGACUUCAAGCGCGGCUGGCGGUCGCCCAAGAUUGUCCCCUUCGACGAACAGAACUGGGGCUGGUUCCUGCGGCACUACGGCAGAUACCUUUUCGGCACGUCGUCCACGUGGUUCUUCCUGGACAUCGCGUUCUACAGCCAGAACCUGUUCCAGACGCAGGUCUUCACCGUCAUCGGCUGGCUGCCGCCCGCGACCACCAUGAGCGCGCUGCAGGAGACCUACAAGCUCGCGCGCGCGCAGGCUCUGGUGGCGCUAUGGUCAACGAUCCCCGGGUACUACUUCACGGUGGCGACGGUGGACUGGCUGGGCCGCAAGACGGUGCAGCUGAUGGGCUUCUUCUUCAUGACGCUCUUUAUGCUCAUCCUCGCCGCGGACUAUCCCAGCAUCAGCAAGAAGAAAGGCGCGUUCGUGGCCCUGUAUUCGCUGACGUUCUUCUUCGCCAACUGGGGGCCCAAUGCGACUACGUUCAUCAUUCCGUCCGAGAUCUUCCCCGCAAAGUUCCGCUCCACUGGCCACGGAAUCUCCGCUGCCUGCGGCAAGGCGGGGGCCAUCGUGGGCGCGUUCGGCUUCCUGUACGCGAGCCAACCCAAGUCGGCCGCGGCCGCGUACCCGUACCCGCCGGGCAUCGGCCUGCAGCUCACGCUGGCGAUCCUGACGAUCGCCAACGGGCUGGGCCUGAUCUGCACCAUCUUCUUCGUGCCGGAGACCAAGGGACGCAGCCUGGAGGAGUUUGAGACGCCGGGGGUGGUCGGGGCCCGCCACGUGGAGCUCGCGCAGUCUACCGCACCCCGAGGUGCCGCAACCGCCGUCGAUACUGAGGCGCCGCCACCCCCCGGCCUUCAUGUGGCUCCGCCAGCAGCCUCUGCUCGGGUCGCGGUUUGA